AUGGCAAAGUCAAAUUCGUGGCCGUGGAAGGCAUAUCUGCCAUUCAGAUUAGUUUGGCAACUAUAUUAUCUCAGUGCACUUCUAGCGCGUCUCCCAUUAUGGAUAUUCAAGUUUGGACUGUUCCGGUCACUGAGACCUCACCCCGAGUGGACUUUUGAACAAGCGCUCAAAGCUCAAUUGAUCCGCACCGUAGUUGAUGCUCAGAGCAAGAUUGGUAUCAGCGAUCCCAUUUCCCUCCGACCUGGUGCCGAAAAGGAGAGGUUCAAGACUAUAACACCAUUCUCCAAGAACUUGUACAAAGGACCGCUCGAGUCCAAUGUUACACCCACGACAAUAGGAGGAACUUGGUACCCCUCAUUCAAGACCGCGCGAGAUAUAGGACCUCAGGGCACUGUCGUUUUGCAUAUCCAUGGCGGUGCAUUCGUCACGGGCGAUGGUCGAACAGCAAGUUUGGGCUUUCUGUCCAAUACUCUGGUCAAAUACGCGAGGGUCGAUGCGGUCUUUGCUCCACAAUACCGACUGUCGGGCUAUGGCGACACAAAUCCAUUUCCUGCCGGUCUUCAGGAUGUCUUGACCAGCUAUCUCUAUCUGGUGCGCACCCUCGAGAUCCAGCCCCGAAACAUCGUCAUCUCGGGCGACAGCGCAGGAGGGAAUCUUGCCAUUGCCUUUCUGCGCUACCUGGCCGAGUACGGCAACGAUCUGGGAAUACCCAACCCACAGAGCGCCGUGCUCAUCUCGCCGUGGGUGUCGCCUCAGAACUCUUUGGGUUCCGACAUUACGUACAUGAGCAAUCCUAACUAUCCUACGGAUAUCCUGCCGCCCGAGUUCACACGCUGGGGUGCAGCCACGUACGCGGCCAAGACACCCGUCACGGAUCCGUACAUAACUGCCCUUGGCAAUCCGUUUGCGACGCGUGUUCCAAUGUUCGUCACGCAAGGCGCCAUUGAGAUACUCGAGAUUGACGGAACUCAAUGGGUCAAGGAGAUGAGUCGGGUGGAGGGUAACAAGAUUGAGUCGGUUUACGAGCCGCUGGCGAUUCACGAUACCUUGCUCAUUGGCGACCGCAGUGGUUGGGUCGAGAGUGCCAGAACGGUGGCGGGUCGCAUUGGCGAUUUUAUCGAGGCGGCGGGGCGUCCGGAGGAUACUAGUCGGAGCGACAUUCCUCUCAAGUUGUGA